UUAGUUUAGCUGUUGUGCUGUAAUUGCUGCGUCAAGCAGCUGGCGCGUCUGCUCUCGCUGCCGCUCGACAACCCUAUGUUCGACGAAUACUUUUCAAUGCGCAUAAAAAAAAGAGAAGAACGCAGCGUUUGUACAACAACGAAAUUUUGCUAAAGAGCAGCGCAGGCAAUUUCGGAAACGAAUCUCAUAUUUUAGGCUUAGUUUAGUUACAAAUUGCAUUUUAAUUCUAAGCAACGGGAAACGACUCGGAAUUACGCGAAGCUUACGCAGUGUUAAUAAAUGAAAACUAUGAAAAACUACAAAAUCAAAAAGAAACAACUUCCGCAGACGUCAGCAGCAGCCGCAGUCGCCGUCGUUGAAGGCAAAGCAGCGCUCCAGCAGCAGCAUCAGCAGUUUUAAUAGGCGGAGAGCGAUAAAAGUGAGAGAGACAGAAAGAGAGCGACAAAAAAAAAAAAACGUUAAAACAAAUGCAAAAUAAAAUUCUGAUUGUAAUAAUUUGUGAUUGAUUUGCGACGCGAAAACAGAGACGCGUUUCAUUUGUUGUCCCGUUGUCAUGCAUUUUGUCACACAACAGCGGCAGCAGCAACAACAACAACAGCAGCAGCAGCAGCAGCAACAACAACAACAAAAAUCAUCAUCCAAUUCGUCGUUAGCAUCCACAACAACAUCCACAUCGGCCGGCACACGCUUUGUGUCGCUCUGUAAAUCUUCCAGUCAAGGUGCUUUGCCCAAAACCUUGGCCACCGCUCACAGUCUCUUUCGGCAGUCUUCACUCCAGCAACAACAACAACAGCAGCAACAGAAACACCAAAAUCAAAAGCACAAACGCACAGCGAGUCUCAACCUGCCCAUGAUUAAAGAUAUUGAUAUAACCACAACACCAACAACAACAACAACCACUGCAUCAGCAGCAACAACUGUAGCAGCAGCAGCAGCAACCAUAGCGACUGCAACUGCAACAACUUGUGCUGCAAGCAGCACUGAGCCUGCCAAUGCCAAUGCCACACUUGCCACAAACAUGAUUUGUGAUGAGCAACAAACGCAACAGCAACAACAACAACACUCACAGCAGCAGCAGCAGCAACCAUCGCAGCAGCAAUCAGCAGCUCAGGAGCAACUGCAGCAACAGGAUGAACUGGAUGAAAAGUCCACACAAAUUGCUAGCAAUGGCGACAGGCGCGAUUCCAUUACCGAGGAGAUCACAAUUACCACAACCACAACAAACAGCAAACUAUUGACUAUUCAGGAAGCCGUUGGCAUCGUUGAGCACAGCAACAUUUCCAUUUCCACAUCCACAUCCUUGUCUUCGAUACAACAAACUUCCGCUGUCGUCGCCGCAACAACACUAACAACACCAGCAACAACAACUGCAGCAGGAACAACAGCAACAGCAGCUUCUUCCGUUGCUGCCACCGAAGUGACAGCAACUGCGCUUCAACGUCGUGAAUCUGUCAGCAGCAACCACAGCAAUGGCAGUCACAACCUAGCAACAGUUGCAACCAACAGCAACGGCAACGGCAGCAACACAGUUGCUUCUCAGCCCACGCCUAGCAUAAAUAUUAUUCAAUCGGAGUCGAGGAACGAUCUUCAACAGCCUUUGCAAUCGCAGAGCGUCGAUUCCAACGGCUCGGGUGCCGCUCAAGCGGGCAGCUCGUGCACUGACAGUCCCAGCAGUCGCAAGAGUUCGACCAGCUCCAAGGGCAAACCUGCCAAGUUAUCCACCUCGAGCAGUGGACGCGAUGAGGAUGCGCAGAGCAAACUAAGUGAACCGGGUGCAAUAACUGAGAGCCAUUUUGUGAGAGGAGAAACACACGUGAGCAGCAGCUCGACAUCGAACGAGAAGCCAGCCAAAGGCACAUCACGUCUCUCGGAGCGGGCCAAAAAGAAGUCGUGGUAUAACGUCAUCUAUCCCAAUUACAAGUCACGUGCCGAGGACUUUAAGAAACUCUUCAAAGAGGUGCCCAACGAUGAGCGCCUGAUUGUUGACUAUUCGUGUGCACUGCAGCGAGACAUCUUGGUGCAGGGACGUUUGUACGUGUCACAGAACUACGUUUGCUUCCAUGCGAACAUCUUUACCUGGGAGACGUAUGUGAGCAUCAAAUGGAAGGAUGUGACAGCCAUCACGAAGGAGAAAACAGCGCUGGUAAUACCGAAUGCCAUCUCCAUAUCGACAGUUUCGAAGGAGAAAUUCUUUUUUGCGACAUUCGCAUCGCGUGACAAGUCAUUUUUGAUGCUCUUUCGCGUCUGGCAAAACACGUUGAUGAAUAAACAGUUUUCACCCCAAGAGAUUUGGCGUUAUGUGCACAAUUGUUACGGCGAAGAAUUGGGUCUAACCACGGACGACGAGGACUACAUUGAUCCCACACUGGACUCGGAUGAUAAGGAAACGGAUGUAGAUUUUCAAACAGCCAUCGAGGAUCUUGGUGGCGAACAAAGCAACUCGAAUCAGAGCAUUAAUCAGACAUCGUCGCAGCCACAGCAGCAGCAGCAGCAGAGUGGAAAUAGCAGCGCAAGCAGCGGUGGGGGAAACGCAACCACACGCAAAUCGAAAACGAAAUACUUUUUCAAUUCAAGCAAAUCAUCCAAUCUGAAUUCGUCGGCCAACGCCUCGGCCAGUGGGUCGGACAAUAAGGCGAGCGACAGCACGCGCAAGUCCAAUAAAAAGAUGAAGGCCAAUGCCAAGGAGCUGACGCUCAGUUCGGUGAAGGCCGCCGAGCAAACGGUUGCCGUCACACUCAGUGUACCAGCCAGCAGCAGCAACAGCAACAACACUGGUGGCAACAAUCCAUCCAUCAGCAACAGCAAUGGCACCACAACAACAGCAACAACAACAGCAGCCAGCACAACAACUACAACAACCUCCACGGCCAGUGGCGGAGUUGCUAGUGGUUCAGUUGGAGUAACUACUUCGGAUCGCAAGAGCAGCGACAAAGCCAGCAGCCAUGGCUCAGCAGCAAAUGUCUCAGAGGCCAGUCAUUGCUUAGAGUCCAAACGCAAAGUUGUCAAAAAUCAGCGACUUCGCGACGUAGACUGCAAAAACGAUGAGGCAGGUCCCACAGACGUCUCGGAUUCCUCCGAUUCCGAGGAGAACAGUGUACCCUUUGUGCCCAGCACGGAAUGUACGUCGACACACGAGGGACGUCAAAUUGUGCACGCAAUUCUGCCCAUUCGUGUGGAUACGCUGUUCAAUUUCCUGUUCUCGAAAUCGAAAUUCCUCACCGACUUCCAUGAGAUGCGCAAAUCCACGGAUCUCAUAAUGGGCGAGUGGCAAAAGAAUGAAGAGGGCCAGAACGUUCGACUGGUCAAUGUAACUGUGCAAUUGGCCGCAUCCGUGGGUCCCAAGACCUCAAAGGUCACGGAAUACCAAACGAUGCGGGAGUGCAGCAAACCUGGAGAAUUGUACUCCAUUGAUGUGAACAGCGUCAAUGCGGGCAUUCCCUAUGCCGAUAGCUUUAGCGUGCUCAUUCAUUUCUGCCUGGCGCGCACCGUGGAUGAUCAUACGAUGCUGUCGAUACAUGCACAAAUCAAGUACAAGAAAUCGAUUUGGGGCGUUGUCAAGGGUUUCAUCGAGAAGAACACUUGGGCGGGCAUCGAGGAUUUCUUCUGCGCUCAGCUGUCUGCGUUGCAGAGCGAGACGUGCAUACCGCCGGCGAAGGGGAAGGGUCGCCGUCCCAGACGUGGUACCGCCACACAAAUACGCCCCUCGGAGGAAGCAAACAGCGGCAACCAGGCACAAGUUGGCAAAACCGAAACACUGGAAAAAUGGGACACCAAAUUGCUAUCGGGCGCAGCACACGGCCAACAUGCUGCUGCUGGUGGCCAUCAUUUGGCUGCUGGCAUUGGUGUUGCUGGUGGGGCAAUCGGUAUUGGUGGUGGUGGUGGUGUUGGUGGCGAUAAGCAGCAGCAACAGCUCCAGCAGCAACAGUUGGCGGCACAACAGCAGCAACAACAAUUGCUGCUGGCUGCCGGGGGCCAGAUGCAGGAUAAAUUUCGAUACAAGGGCUUAUCAUUGUUUGUUAUAUUGUUGAUGUGCUUGCUGCUGGCAUUAAAUGUGAUAUUAUUACUUAAGCUCUGGAAGCUGGAGGAACACAUUGAUGUGGAUCUCAGUCGGCGUGCCCGCAUGCCCAGCUUGGCAGCUCUCAAAGAAUUACCGAAUACGAAUCAAGAUUGGCUGGAACUGUUGCGUCAGCAGGAACUGUCGCAUGAAUCGGAGCUACGCAAAUGGCAUCAGGUGCUCCAAACGGCGAUUGAGCUGCUGAAAAAGACUGAAAAGACUUUGGCCGAAGUCAUGAUACCCUAGCAGCCCCUUUCAGCACAACUCUCCCCCCUCUCUCCUCCCAACUAAUUAAUUCCACACACAAAAGGGCCAAAAUUUAGUUACUUUUGGUUUCUUGCGGCUUCGUGAUCUUGUGUUAAAAACAAAGCCACCAAAAAGCUGAAAUUGAAUUUCACAAUUAAAAAAAAAUAGUCACAAAAAUAAUGAAAAAGAGCGAGAGAAUUAUUUGUGUUAUCGUUUAAGUAGCUUUGAUUUUAGUUUCGUGUAAUUUAAUGAAUUUAAUUCUCCUUUUACAACAAUUUUAGUUAGCUAGCUCUUAAAAUUGUUUUUAGUCGCUGCAUUUAUGUUUAUCGUUUUGCAAAGUAUUUCACACACACACACACAUAAACACUUACAACAAGAUUAACAAAAAAUGCGCCUUGAAUUUUUGUUUUAAAAAAUUCAUUUAAGAAAAAGUAUAAAUAAAAAUAUAUAAAGAGAAAAACAAAAGAAAAACAAUUCCAUGUCUGAUGAGCGCAAAAGUCGAUUUUUGUAAAUUUGAUAUAAAUUAUACCAAUAAAUAAAUUAUAAUAACAAAAUUUACACAAAGAAAAAGAAAACAAAUUAUAAAAAAAACCAAUAAUAUUUAUGUACAAUAUUUUUGUAAAACUUACCAAUCCAAACUGCAAAAUGUGAGCAAUGUUUUUUACGACGAUAUUUUUUGUUGUUUAUCUUUUUUGUAACACCUCUUAACUCCUUUUUGGCGCCCGUUUACAGUAAACCAUAAAAAAGAUGAAUAAGAAACAAAAACUAUUAAAUAUAAAUGCUAAGCAAAAACACAAUUGAUUGAUACCGAUGUCAUACUAUAUAGAGAUAUAUACCAUACUAUAUAUAUGUAUACAUGUACUACAUUAUUAUAAUAGAGGAAAGAAAGUAUUGUUAGUUUGUAGUUGUUGCAUUUUAAUGGAAAUCCCAAGAAACUGAAUUGAAUUGUUGGUAAAAACGCAAAAAACCCAUUCACACAAAUAAUGCAAAAUAUGAGAGAUCACAAAACAUAUUCAAACAUUCACAUCAUAUGCAUGCUAUAUACAUAUUGGAAAAGUCGAGAAAUCGAAGCGUCAAAUUAUAAUUGAGCCGUUGCAAAUUGGCCUAAACAAAAAAAAAAAAAAAAAAAAAAAGGAAAUGAAAA